AAAAUCUAGUGAAACUAUCGUUAAACGUGUAAAUGACAGUGUACAAUUGUAUCGCAUUCGAGGCUAAACAACACAACAAUCCAAUUUAAAACAGAACAAAAUUAAAAUAAACGUAAAUUGCUAUAGAAAAACGGAAUGAAUUGUUUCGAUGUUAAAGCAUCGCGAAAAAGUAUCGACAAAAAGAAACGUGAAACGAAUUAGUGGUGACUUUUUAGUGUUAGAAAAACAGCAAGCAAACUCAUUAAACGUUACUCAACUUGAGAAUUAUGUAGCUCUCCUCCGUUUAAAAAGACUCGCUCGUAUUUCCGGACAAAUCGUUCUUUCGUGGAAAAUAUAUUUAAGGGAAUAGAUAUUCGACGAAAAUAAAAUAAAUUCUACCACGGACGCGGACGAUGCAUCCUUGGCUCGAUUUGCUAGAUUCCGAGGCGCAAGGAAUCUUGGUAAAAUCUUUGGCUCGAUCGUAGAUCGGAACCGCUGCGAGUUCUCUAGCUAUUUAUAAAAGUGAAUGUACGAUAUGGCGAUAAACAAAAAAUGACAAAAUCAGGAUUGACGAAACAUACGAUAUACGAUGCAUAUUAGUAUCGGUGAUUAAGAAACGUAAAGACAGCUCGCAAAGGCUAGCACUCUACUUCUGCCUAUAACGGGUUGGCUAUUUAUGGACCGACACUCGUACUUUAUCAGAGACGCAAAGAACACGGGUUACAAAUGAAGCUACUGGAAUUGAUUAACGUAAUAUACGAUCUAUUACUGUUCGUGGGAAUGGCAUUCAUUUAUACAAGCGAGGCUAUUUUAUUGACAUUCAUCCCUCGACGAUAUCGUGGGAAAUCUAUCAAAGGAGAGAUCGCUUUGAUAACGGGAGGUGCAGGAGGAAUCGGAAGCUUGAUCGCCAAAAAAUUGGCCAAGCUUGGAGCACACGUGGUUAUCUGGGACGUUAACAAAAUUGGUAUGGAGGACACGGUUCGAGAAAUAAGAGAAAAUGGAGGGAAAUGUUGGAGCUACUAUUGCGAUAUCACAAACAGAGAGGAAGUGUACAAAACCGCAAAGACUGUUGAAAUUGAAGUUGGUGCUGUAACGCUACUGAUAAACAACGCCGGUUAUGUUUAUGGAAAAACGCUGUUAGAUCUGCCCGAUGAAAUGAUUGAAUGCACUUUCAAAGUGAAUAUUCUCUCGCAUUAUUGGAUUACCAAAGCAUUCGUGAGAGAUAUGAUGAAAAAUAAUCACGGUCAUAUCGUAACUGUCGCUAGUAUAGCUGGCCUCUUAGGAACUUACAAUUGCACGGAUUAUUCGGCGACUAAAUUUGCAGCUAUCGGUUAUCACGAGAGUCUCUUCAGUGAACUUAGGGCCCAUGGAUACGAUGGGAUUCACGCGACCUUAGUCUGUCCUUAUUUCAUCAACACUGGUAUGUUUCAAGGAGUGAAACCCAGAUUGAUGCCAAUGCUAGAACCUGAUUAUGUUGCCGACGAAAUUGUCUCGGGAAUAUUAGUAAAUCAAAUAAAUGUUGUACUGCCUGGGAUAGUUAGAUACCUCUUACCGCUUAAAUGCUUAUUACCAGCAAAGUUGUGUUGGGCAUUGAUGUAUCACAUAAUACGUGGACCUCAAUCUAUGAUGAUGUUGAACAAACAAGAGAAGAAACAAACAUUGAAAGACAACAACAAUGUUACGAUACUUUCUAAAGAGACAUACGUACACUGAUACAUACGAAUUGGUGCAAACAAUUGCGAAUUACUACGAAAAUACUCGAUCGCGUUCGAAUUUAAUGGAAUGUCAUUGGUUAUCAAGACUGAAUAUUUAUCGGUAUGUGUAAAUUGUAUUUGGCAAUUAAAAUUUUAUAUUUUUCAUGUAUAUAUUUAUAAUAUUUAUAAAAAUAAUUAUAAUAAAUCGUAAAAGUAAUUCAA